UUAUUUCCUAAUCAACAGUCCCAGGAACAUGCGGCUUUUAGGUUUGCGUUGUCUCAGCUCACGGAACCCCCUAAACUCCUACCCCAGAUUGACAUUGUGAACAUAAGUGACAGCUUUGAAAUGACAUACACCUUCUGCUCACAGUUCUCCAAGGGCGUCUACGCCAUCUUUGGAUUUUACGAAAGGAGGACCGUCAACAUGCUCACAUCUUUCUGUGGGGCUCUCCAUGUCUGCUUCAUAACGCCAAGCUUCCCUGUUGAAACAUCCAACCAGUUUGUUCUCCAGCUUCGCCCAGAGCUCCAGGAUGCUCUCAUCAGUGUCAUUGAGCACUACAGCUGGCAGAAGUUUGUGUACAUUUAUGAUGCUGACCGAGGGUUGUCAGUUCUACAGAAAGUGCUGGACACCGCAGCUGAGAAGAACUGGCAGGUGACAGCUGUCAACAUCCUGACAACAACAGAAGAGGGCUACCGUAUGCUCUUCCAGGAGCUGGAGAAGAAGAAAGAAAGGCUGGUGGUGGUGGACUGCGAAUCUGAGCGGCUGAACAUCAUCCUUAGCAAGAUCAUCAAGCUUGAAAAAAAUGGGAAUGGAUACCACUACAUUCUGGCAAAUUUGGGAUUCAUGGACAUUGACCUGACCAAAUUCAAGGAAAGCGGAGCCAAUGUAACUGGUUUCCAGUUGGUGAAUUACACGGAUGUUGUUCCCGCCAGGAUCAUGCAGCAGUGGAGGAAUAAUGAUGCCAGGGAACAUCCUCGUGUGGACUGGAAAAGGCCAAAGUACACAUCGGCCCUAACAUAUGACGGGGUCCGGGUGAUGGCUGAGGCGUUUCAGAACCUGCGGAGGCAGCGGAUCGACAUCUCCCGUCGUGGCAAUGCUGGGGACUGCCUGGCCAACCCGGCUGUGCCCUGGGGACAAGGCAUCGACAUCCAGAGAGCACUGCAGCAGGUCCGUUUUGAAGGAUUGUCUGGCAACGUUCAGUUUAACGAGAAGGGACGGAGGACCAACUACACCCUCCAUGUGAUUGAGAUGAAACAUGAUGGGAUCAGGAAGAUUGGUUAUUGGAAUGAAGACGAGAAGUUGGUUCCCACAGCCAUAGAUACUCAAAGUGGCAAUGAGUCUACAAGCCUCCAGAACAGGACUUACAUAGUCACUACUAUCCUAGAAGACCCAUAUGUGAUGCUCAAGAAGAACGCCAACCAGUUUGAAGGCAAUGAGAGGUAUGAAGGCUACUGUGUGGAGCUCGCUGCUGAGAUUGCGAAGCAUGUUGGCUACCACUACAGGCUGGAGAUUGUCAGAGAUGGGAAGUACGGAGCCCGGGACCCUGACACCAAAACGUGGAACGGCAUGGUGGGAGAACUCGUUUAUGGGAGGGCAGAUGUGGCUGUGGCACCAUUAACCAUCACUCUGGUUCGAGAAGAAGUUAUAGACUUUUCCAAACCGUUCAUGAGCUUAGGUAUCUCUAUCAUGAUAAAAAAACCACAGAAGUCCAAACCAGGAGUUUUUUCCUUUCUGGAUCCUUUGGCUUACGAGAUAUGGAUGUGCAUUGUUUUUGCCUACAUUGGAGUGAGUGUUGUCCUCUUCCUGGUGAGCCGCUUCAGCCCGUAUGAGUGGCACACUGAAGAAUUCGAGGAAGGACGGGACCAGCCAGCUAAUGACCAGACGAAUGAGUUUGGGAUAUUCAACAGUCUCUGGUUCUCCCUAGGAGCUUUCAUGCAGCAAGGAUGUGAUAUUUCUCCAAG